AUGGAUGGAGCCACCAUUUCUGUCACUGCAUGCAUCACUCAGAGCUACUUGUUUGUGGCUUCAGGUGCUACUGAAUGUUACCUUCUCACAGUAAUGUCCUAUGACCGAUACUUGGCCAUAUGUAAACCUUUACACUAUAAUACAAUAAUGGACGACACCCUUCAAUAUUUCUUGGUCAUCUUUUGCUGGAUAUCAACUUUCCUUUUGACAUUGAUCCCAUUGAGCAUUCUAGUAAUGCUCAAGUUCUGUGGUCAGAACGUCAUUGACCAUUACUUCUGUGAUCUUGCUCCUUUUGUGACUAUCGCUUGUUCUGAUACUUCUGUCCUGGAAAUAGAUAUUUUUGUUCUAACCAUCCCCAUGGUUGCUCUUCCAUGUGUUUUAAUCAUUGUAAGUUAUGUGUGGAUUUGUGUAGUUAUACUCAGGAUGCCGUCUAUCGGCAGCAGGAAGAAAGCCUUCUCUACCUGUAGCACUCACCUCUUGGUGGUGGGUAUGUUUUAUGGUGCCGUGCUAAUAAAUUAUUUUACUCCAGUAAAAGGACAUUCUGUAGCCAUCAACAAAAUGUUAUCAAUUGUAUUUACUGUAGUAACACCAUUGUUCAAUCCCAUAAUAUACAGCCUAAGGAACCAGGAUAUUCAUGCUGUCAUUUGUAGUUAUAUACGACGGUGGAAAUGA